GGGAAGUGACGUAGUUGACAACCAGCUUUCACGACGAAGGGGGAAAAUAGCCUUACGAUAAAGGGGAGUUCAAAGAGUACUGGUUAGGGUUUAAAUCCAUCUCAAUCCUCUGGUUUCUGCCUUAAAAUGAGCCGCCAAAUUUAGAGAACAUUAACUACGUUUUUUACACUAUCGAUUGAUACCAAAAUCACAGGUAUCCGUUCUUCGGACAAAGAAAAAGGGGAUGGUGAAUUUUGGACUGUACAGAAGAAUCCGAUUCCGGGGAGAGAAGAAUUGAGAAUCUUUUCGGGGUUGUCAACCACUUAAGGACGGUGCCGAGACAAAGGAAAGGACUACACUUAAAUAAACGUUGAAAAGAAAUUAAAGAUUAACUCCGUAUAACGUUAACCAGCAGCAGAAUGGAGCUACGAGUGGGGAACCGAUACAGACUCGGCAGAAAAAUAGGAAGUGGAUCGUUCGGCGACAUCUAUUUAGGUACAGACAUUUCUGUUGGAGAAGAGGUUGCUAUUAAGUUGGAAUGCGUGAAGACCAAGCACCCCCAGCUCCACAUCGAGAGCAAGAUCUACAAGAUGAUGCAAGGCGGAGUUGGAAUUCCAACAAUAAAGUGGUGUGGCGCAGAAGGUGACUACAAUGUAAUGGUGAUGGAACUGCUGGGACCCAGCCUGGAGGAUCUCUUCAACUUUUGCUCCCGCAAGUUUAGCCUCAAGACGGUCCUUCUGCUUGCUGAUCAAAUGAUCAGUCGCAUUGAAUACAUUCACUCCAAGAACUUCAUCCACAGAGAUGUGAAGCCAGAUAACUUUCUGAUGGGUCUCGGCAAAAAGGGAAACUUGGUCUACAUUAUUGACUUUGGCCUGGCUAAAAAAUAUCGUGACGCCCGCACUCACCAGCACAUCCCCUACCGCGAGAACAAGAACCUGACGGGCACCGCCCGAUACGCCUCAAUCAACACCCAUCUGGGGAUUGAGCAGUCAAGGCGUGACGACCUCGAGUCCUUGGGCUAUGUUCUUAUGUAUUUUAAUUUGGGCUCCCUGCCUUGGCAAGGCCUCAAGGCUGCCACCAAGAGGCAAAAGUAUGAACGCAUUAGUGAGAAGAAAAUGUCCACCCCUAUUGAGGUUCUAUGCAAGGGUUACCCAUCUGAAUUUGCAACCUACUUGAAUUUUUGCCGUUCGCUGCGGUUUGAUGACAAGCCAGACUACUCGUACCUACGCCAGCUAUUCCGGAACCUCUUUCACAGACAGGGAUUCUCUUAUGACUAUGUGUUUGACUGGAACAUGCUCAAGUUUGGUGCCAACCGUGCAGCAGAAGAGGCAGAGAGAGAGCGCCGAGACCGGGAGGACAGGCUGAGACAUGGCAGGAACCCAGGAGCCAGGGGUGUGCCUGCUGCCUCAGGUCGACCACGUGGGGCCCAAGAUGGAGCCCCACCGACACCACUCACACCCACCUCGCAUACAGCUUCCCCCCGUCAAGCGUCUGGCAUGGAGCGUGAGCGAAAAGUCAGCAUGCGACUGCACCGCGGUGCCCCUGUUAAUGUUUCAUCUUCAGACCUUACUGGACGGCAAGACACCUCACGCAUGUCCACCUCACAGAAUAGCAUUCCCUACGAACAUCACGCCAAGUAGAGGCUCGCCAUGUCCUUGUGUGACGGCGGCAACACUGGAUGGUGUCAAGCGUACUGGCCGCUGGUCUCCAUCCCCUCGCUCCCCGAUGAGCCGGUAUCAUGCAGCCCCACAGUCCAAGCCUCGCCCACUGAGACACAAUCAGACACUAAAUAGUACCACCGCUACUCUCCAAUCACUCGUGCAACAGCUAACACGGGACGCCAGCUAACUGGAAGUACUUUGUUACUGACUGCCGUCAGUACGGUCACCUCACCACAGUCGUGUACACACACACACACACACACACACACUUUUUUUGUUUGUUUGUUGCUGUCUCGGUCUGAGCGUAGGAGCUCAGGUUUUCUGUCCACUUUUUUCAGGAGAUAUGCGGACAAGUCCCGCCUUUUUGUAAUCACGUCUGAGCAAGACGAUGAUUGUGGCAACAUGGCGCCGUGUCAGUGACACUGAUCAAGCACAUCCAGCCUCUGGGUUCUUCUGCCACGGCAGAGAUUCAACCGCUUGGCCCGACAUUUCUACUGUUCUGUCACGCUUGUCAAUAAUGAAAGUACCAAACAUGUUUGGUAUUUGCCCACACAGGAGGCUUAUAUACUCACCUAGGUAGUUUCUGGUUCCCAGCCAGGUGUUGAGUGGGUCGUGCUCCCUUCUAGUGUACUUACACUGCACUUUUUCAAGGGUGCAAGAGCUUCAUUUUGACACUUUUGACCAGAUUUCUAUUCACUGUGUACAGGUUUAAAACAAAAACAAAACGAAAAAAAGAAGAAAAAAAACAUUUUGCUCUGUCUUAUUGUUUUGAAGCUGUGAAAUACUUGCAAUAUAGAUGUGUAAAUAUAUUUUGUGUUGUUGAUUUACUUUCAUAGUUAGGGCUGAGUCGAAGCGUUGAUUUAGGAGGCCGGCUGCAGCGAGGUUCGGCAGCCAUGCAGGAAGUGUAGUGUCUACUCGUCAGUGUGUCCCACUCCCCAACCCCCCCGUUUUUUCUUUUU